AUGGUGGAGCCACUGGAACAAAGCGUCGCAAACCAACUCCGAGCAACACAGCACAUUACCACAUUACAGCAAUGUCUGGAGCAGCUGGUUUACAACGCAUUGGAUGCACAAGCAACUCUCAUUGAUAUCGCCUUUGACGCUGAAAAGUACUAUAUUUGUGUCCAAGAUAAUGGAAAUGGCAUUCGCUCUGAUAUAUUACCACGUUUGGCACAACGACACGUGACCUCCAAAUGCCAUAGCCUUCAAGAUCUUCAACAAGUCAGCACAUUUGGAUUCCGGGGUGAAGCAUUGGCCAAUCUAGCUGAACUUGGAAUUCUUCAAAUUGUCUCACGGUACGCUAAUCAAACAGCGAUGGCGAUCUGGAAGGAUGGUAAAUUGAUCGAAACAGCCACAUGCCUUGAACGCCAAAAUCCAGGUACAACAGUAACCCUCCGAGACUUGUUCUUCAAGUUUCCUGCUAGGCGACGUAUCCUCACGCUUACGGAUCGGGCCAUCAAACGCUUCGUCAUUACAACAGCUCUCGCUUUUCCUCAUGUUGGGUUUUCUGUGGUUGACCGUGACACAAAGAUUCUUUCCACCAAAAGGUGUUCCUCAGACAUGAGUCUUUUCCGCCAAGUUUUCGGCCAACCAUUCGCUCAGAACAUACGCCCAUACGAAUGCUAUUACGAUAGUAUCAAGAUGCAAGGCUUCUUCGGGAUCAUUCCGUAUCCAAGCAAGGCCCACCAAUAUCUAUUUGUCAAUCGCAUUCACAUUCCUCAAAAUGAAGUCUACAAGAUAAUCUCUGAUGUAUUCAAUGAGAGCUCCAUUAUGAAGGACCAGGAUGGGUUCCAACUUCAGAAGGGGAAAACAAAAAGUAGAAACGUUGUGGAUAAGCAUCCUGUAUUUGUGAUUCAUGUGGAGCAUCCUUUACUGAGCACAUAUGAUAUCAUCACCUAUCGGGACGCUGUGCCUGAACAUAAAGGGAUUCAUUCAGAGUUGGAAAAAGCAAUUCGCUUGUUGACAGCUAACUUUUUACGAUCCCAUGGCUUCAUCACCAGCACAUCGUAUCAGCGUUUUCUCGAUAAGCAAGCAAUCUCCUCCUUCCCAAAUGCCGCGGCAACCCAUUCAAGACAAGUAUCGCCUAUCAGUUGGCGUGAUCCUAUCAAUGGCAACCUAUACCAAAUACAAAAUCGUGGAUCCCAGUCCUAUGUUGAUCGAUCACAUCUUCGCAGCAAAGCAUUGAGCCCAUCCACAGAACCCAAUAUUUUGCAUAUACCUCAACGACUUCACAAGGAUUGCCUGAAAGAUGCAGAGGUUUUCGGUCAAGUCGAUAGCAAGUUUAUCGCUAUUAAGGUGGAGCGUGUUUUACUUAUGGUGGAUCAACAUGCUGCGGAUGAGCGAGUACAACUGGAGAGAAUGCUAUGGUCUUUAAAGGACACUAUACAAGUCAUUCAACUCGAACCACCUAUCCCUAUCGACCUUACUGACAAAGAACGUCAGCUAGCAACCAAAUACGUGGAUCAUUUACAACGAUGGGGUAUCCACCUUUCUCUGCAACACCAACCACAACAGCAACAACAGCAACAGCAACGUCGCGCAUCGGUCGAAACGAUAUUAUUUGCAUCGCCCCAUUUUGCAACACCCGAUGUAUCACCUCACUUUCGGCAAAACCAGGGAGCUUUGGUGACACGAUUACCCCAUGUCGUUGCUGAACGAUGCCUUGCCAAUCAUUCAUUGCUCGGGGAUAUGAUACGAGAAUACAUCCAUUGGCUCGAAAAGAAUCAACAACAUGUCACAGACCCGGAAUCAGAAUCCUUUGCCUUUUUGCGUACUUGUCCCCCAGGGAUGAUGCAGCUCAUGCGAUCAACAGCUUGUCGGGGUGCUAUCAUGUUCAAUGAUGUCCUUACUCACGAUCAAUGCUGUGCACUGAUACAUGCUUUAUCACAAUGCCGAUUCCCUUUUCAAUGUGUUCAUGGCAGACCUUCAAUGGCUCCCCUUGCAACAUUGUCAGAUACAUCUCCUCGUCGUCAUCGUGCGAUUAACUGGAACCGUUUUUGUAAAUAG